GGGAGGGGUCCGGCCCCGUGCGGUCGCGGCGGAGCCGGCGCUGCGGCAGCAGCAGGCGCGGCGGGGCGGAAGUCCUUUGUUGCAGCAGCAGCGCUGCCAGCAGCACUACCAGCACUAGUACUAGCAGUGGGAGCAGCAGUAGGAGGAGGGGUAGCUCCCCUUCGGCCGCCGCCGCCGCCGCCUCGCCCCGCGGGGCUAUAAUUGAAGUACAAGAUGGCAAGAACCAGCCACAGCAACUAUGUCCUUCAGCAGCUAAACAACCAAAGAGAGUGGGGUUUUCUGUGUGACUGUUGUAUUGCUAUCGAUGAUAUUUAUUUUCAAGCACAUAAGGCAGUCCUUGCUGCAUGCAGCUCCUAUUUUAGGAUGUUUUUUAUGAACCACCAACACACUACAGCCCAGCUGAAUCUAAGCAACAUGAAGAUUAGCGCUGAAUGCUUUGAUCUUAUUUUACAGUUCAUGUAUUUAGGAAAAAUUAUGACAGCCCCUGCUAAUUUUGAGCAAUUUAAAGUGGCCAUGAACUAUUUACAGCUAUAUAAUGUACCUGAGUGUCUAGAAGAUAUACAGGAUACAGACUCAUCUAGUUUAAAGUGCUCAUCUUCUGCUUCUAGCACCCAGAAUAGUAAAAUGAUAUUUGGUGUGAGAAUGUAUGAAGACACGCUCACUAGAAAUGGCAGCGAAGCAAACAGGUGGGGCAUGGAGCCGCCAAGUUCAACAGUUAAUACAUCCCAUAACAAAGAGCCCGAUGAAGAAGCUUUGCAGCUAGGCAGUUUCCCUGAACAACUGUUUGAUGUCUGCAAAAAAAGCACCACCUCCAAAUUCUCUCACACAAAAGAGCGUGUGUCCCACUCGCGCCGUUUUGGAAGAAGCUUCACCUGCGACAGCUGUGGGUUUAGUUUUAGCUGUGAAAAGUUACUGGAUGAGCACGUGUUAACGUGCACUAACAGGCAUUCGUACCAAAGUGCCAGGUACUACGGUGCUGAAAAACUAGACUUUAAUGAAAAGGACUCUACUUCCAAAAUAAUCUCUAUGCAAACAGAAAAAUACAAAGGGGACUCGAGCCAAGCUGCUGACGAUUCUUCGUCUCCUGUGUCCAACGUUACAAGUAGGAAAAGCAGCACGGUUGCGUCAGAGACCUCAGGUGAAGAAGGAAGUAGAGCCUCUGAGAGGAAGAGGAUUAUUAUCAAGAUGGAACCAGAGGACAGUCCUGCAGAUGAGCUGAAAGAUUUUAAUAUUAUUAAAGUGACAGAUAAAGACUGCAAUGAGUCUUCUGACAACGAUGACCUAGAUGAUGAGCAGGAAGAGCCGCUUUACAGGUACUAUGUUGAGGAAGAGAUCAGAGAGAAAAGAAAUGCUCGGAAGACUUUAAAACCCCGUUUAUCCAUGGAUGACGAUGAGAGAAAGUGUUUACAGAGUCCACGGCACCUUAACAGGAAAGCUCCUUCAGUACAGGAAGACGUGGAGAACGCUCCCUGUGAACUUUGUGGGCUAACAAUCACCGAGGAAGAUUUGUCCUCUCAUUAUUUAUCCAAACACAUAGAAAAUAUAUGUGCCUGUGGCAAGUGUGGUCAAAUACUGGUCAAAGGCAAACAGUUACAAGAUCAUGCACAGACCUGUGGAGAACCCCAGGAUCUGACCAUGAAUGGUAUCAGAAAUUCCGAGGAAAAAAUGGACUUGGAAGAAAACCCUGAGGAGCAGUCAGAAAUAAGGGACAUGAUGUUUGCAGAGAUGCUAGAGGACUUCAGGGACAGUCAUUUCCAAAUGAACAGCCUUCAAAAAAAACAGUUAUAUAAGCAUUCUGCCUGUCCUUUCCGAUGUCCUAAUUGCAGUCAACGUUUUGAAACUGAAAACCUAGUGGUUGAACAUAUGUCAAACUGCCUAGAGCAAGAUCUGUUCAAGAAUUCCAUGAUGGAAGAGAAUGAGAGAGAUCACAGACGUAAGCAUUUCUGCAAUCUUUGUGGCAAAGGAUUUUAUCAGCGUUGUCACUUGAGGGAACACUAUACUGUUCAUACCAAGGAAAAACAGUUUGUUUGUCAGACAUGUGGGAAGCAGUUCUUAAGAGAGCGCCAGUUGCGGCUCCACAAUGAUAUGCACAAAGGAAUGGCCAGUAGUGAAAUAGGGACUUCUAAGCUUCUGAACAACUGAGAGAACCAGGUUUGAAGAAGACAUGAGGAAGAACUGGUCGGCAAAAGAUUUCAUAAAAACUCAGAACCACGUGUGCCAGAUCUGCAUUGGCACCACCUUUGCUUUUUUGACAUACUGCAGCAGUCGCAAAAGGCACCAAAGCAGUCAAAUUAGAACAUUCAGUAAAAGUUGUUUUGGACUCUUCUCUGUGUUACAAAAAUUACUUCCUUGUGACUAUUACUUACACCUGUCAAAAACAAAUUUGACGUCUCUUUCAUGGAGCAGACAGCCGAAAGAGACAGAUGCCAGGUAUUGAGGGCUGCACUGAAAUGAGCUUGCAGAAUUUGCUAUUCUUAUGCUGCAGCACUGCUUAUACGAAAUGUGGCUUAUUAGAAUUUCUGUCAAAAGCUGUUUAGACUUUUUAGCUUAAACAUUAAAAGUAUAUACUCACGAACUAAAACUUACGCAUUUUCAGACAGUUACAAUGCUAAACUAUCAAGUGUUAGAAGAGAGAAAAAAUGUUUUAGUCUGAACUACAAGGUCAAAAAAAACUUAAAAACUGAGCACAAAGGGCCCCUGAGGAAAGCCAGGAUGUUGAGAAAGAUCCAGCUGACCAGAUUCCCCUUGCUGCCAUGAUCAUCAUUUGCAAGCUGAAGAGGACCUUCCCUGGAGCUCAGUGCUUGUAUGUGGAGAGUAAAGAAAUGGUGCUCUGGUCUUAUUACGAGAAUGGUGAAAAAUUGUGACCAACAAGGAGAUGAGUAAACGUGAAAUAACCUUCACAGGGCACAGUGUGCACAAUGUUCUGGAUCUAAGCCUUGCAAAAGCUGGUUUGAAGAAGAAAAUCAGGCAUUCAUGUUCAGAUUUGAGUAUUGUAGGAACACUAAUAUUUCCAGCCAAAUUUAUGGAAGACAAACAAGCAAACAAAACAAAACAAGGCAGUAAAUGUUUCAAAUUAGGGCCAGAAUGGCUUAAAAAAUAUUAAUUUUUUUUUGCUCCUCCAAACGACAGUUUGAGACAUAAGCAGACUAAACAUGCUGAUCUAUAUUCUGCUGUAGUUAUGCAUCUUACUAAUUCUACUCAUGACUAUAAAAGGAUGUUUCAUUGUUCAGUACAACUGUUAUCUCAAUAAGUCUGUCUACAAUUUUAUUUAUAAUCAGCAUUAAUUUCAUUACUGUUGUUAUGAAGUGUGUACAAUAUUGUCUGUAUUGCAGCUUGUAUAGGGCAUAUGUCUGUGCUUGCUUUACUCUUUUUGAGUUUAUAAAGUUGCUAUACAAAUGCAAGAAAAGAUGUUCAGAUAUCUUUGAAUGUGGUUGCUUAAUCUGAUUAUGAAGCCCCAGACAUUUCAGCAUUUAGGUGUUUAAGUUAUCAGCAGUAUUAACAAAAAACAUCUUAAACAUAAACAGGAAUUUUAAAAGCCUUCAGUACAAUAGUGGAACGCUGACCCUUCUGUCCCAGUUGUGGUGCUAGAGCAAUGGGGAGGACAGUGAAUAUCUAGAACAUGCAAGAUAACAGUGGGGAGUCCUCAGGGAGAAGGCUCAGCACAGCUGGGAACUCUAACAGAAAAUCUGAUAUCCUUUCCAUAGAGAACAGGAAGCACCCUUGCAGUAGGACCACCACUAAGCAGAGGAGAGAAGGGAACUAUGUUUAUAACAUCAUCUAAAGAUAGGCCUGGAAGUAUUCAGACAAAUCUUGCUUUUUCUUUUUCCUUUUUUUUUUUUUUCUUCUUUUUUUAUCCUUAAGCAUAGGACAUCUAGAACAGGCUGUUACUGUUCUGUAACUUAGCAAUUAUUUGUAGCCUCUGUAGACUACCAGUGAAGACAUUCCAGGUUAGUUUUCAUCACCUUUAAAGCUUAAUCUGUGCUUUGAUACAGUAUCUUAAAUAAAAUGUUCUUACAAGUCUGCUUAUUAUUUUUAUUUAAUUCCAUCUUAUACCUAAGUUCAUAACAGUCGCAGCAACAGAGUGAAGUUCCAGUUACCAUCUGCUUCAUCUGCUCCUGCAUUUUGCCCAUUCACCUGAUAAGAGUGACAGUGUUGAAAACGGAGAUGAGUAAAAAUCAAUCACAGGAAUGAAAAAAUAUGUGCAAUCCAUAGCACUGCUGUAGUUGAAUUAUCACCAAAAUUCUUCACACUAAGCAUUUAAGUGAAUCAGAGAGAUUGAUCAAAUGAUAUCGACCUGUGAGUAUGAAGUAUUGGUCUUUCCUGUGUUUACAGUAUACCAUUUUCCUUGUUUAAGACAUCAUUUGUUCAGCUUUAUAGUUACAGCCAAUAAUUACAGUAUGUUUAAUGCCAUUCAUAGCUGUUCUACAUAAAAUUCUCUGUUUUCAUUUAUUAACCACCCCUAGAUACAGUAUUGUUUUAUUAUCUUCAAACAAGACCAAGCAGAUUUAGUCUUUAAGUGUACUAGAAGAUAACAUUAGAAUUCAAAAUAAUUUUGGCAAGGUGCAGAUAUGAUCUGAAAACAUAAGGUGUUAUUUAAUAGGAACAACUGCAAGUUGGAAUCAUUAGCAGUGUAAGUUAAGGAACAGCUGCUUAAUUUCCAUUGAGAAGAAUGUGUGUUAUUUUGGAUCAAAGUCCAAAAAUGACUCUGCAACAUUACGCUGUUGCAAGUAAAGGUGAAAAUUUUGAUGGAUAAACUGUAGCAUAAUCUGUUCCUUCAGAACUACUAGGGUGUGAGCUACCAAUGUCUCCAGUUUUGAUUAUGGCACUUGGAAAAAAAAAAAAAAAGAAAGAUACAGGUCACAUGCAGAGAAUGCAAGAGAAAGCAAUGUGAAUGUCUAGAAAACAUUGCCUUUGCGGAUAGAUCGAAUGAUUUUAGGUCUUACAGAAGAGAUGGCAGAGGGGAAAUAUGAUCUUCAUACCUAUAAAAACUGCUGGCAAAGAAAAAUGGAAUAAUGUUUUUUCAUAUCCACAAUUGAUAGGAAUAGAAAAUAAUUGGCAUAAAUUGCAAGAAAGGAGACUUUGGUUAGGCACAAGUAGACUAAGUGACCUGCUGAGGUCUUUUUCUGAUGUGAUUCUAUGAUUAAUUGCAAACUAGCUGCUUUAAAGUCCUUUAUUUGUUGCUCUCAGUAGGGCUGGCACUGUCUGUUAGAAACGGAGGUUGCAGUUAUAAAAAGUAGUCAAGAAAGGAAUGCCUAAGAUGCACAGCACACCAGUUUAUCUACUUAGCAUUAGUGAUACUAACCUCAGCUUUUAAUCAUGCCUCAGAAACUGUCAGAAGUAUAUGUAAAUAAGAUGCUCUAAAACCACUUAAUUACAAAAUCAUUAUUCCUUGAAACAUCACGAGUUAGUUUAAUCAGUGUUACCAAUGUUCUUGAUUUUAUUGAGUCUAAUCAAUCUGAUACAGUCUGCUUUUAGUUGUGAAAUGGUGUAAUCAGAUAGUUUAUUUCUUAAAUUAUAAAAUCAAACCAAACCAAACCACCACCACCACCAACAACAAAAUUCUAAAAAUUACAUGGAAAAUCCUUAAAGUGUAAUCAGAACAUAUGCUAAAGAUUAAAAAGCCAGAGGUGAAUAAAGUCACGUGUUUUUUAGGCUCAUAAUUUUAAACAAGUUUAUAAUUUUAGGAGAUCUGACUCAUGAUUUUUGAACUUCUGGUUUGGCAAUACUAAAUUACUGUGCCCUAUAUUCUGCUAUUCUGAAUAUUUCCAUAUUACUGAUCAUGCAUUUGUGUAAUUUGCAGAACACAUUAUAAUGACUUGCAGAUUCUUUUUUUUUUUUUCACACAAAAAAAGUAACAUUUAUUUAAGAAAAACACAUGUAUUAUUGCUGCCUUUCAAAACAAAUAGUGUCUGCAUGCAAAAGUGGAAGUAUCUGAAGACAAAUAACACAAAAAGUUAGAAAAAUAACCGAAAAAGUUACAAAGUUAAAACUACAGUUUUUAACUCAGCAGCAACUUGUCAGAAGAAUCUGUUGCCAUUUCAAACACUGGUAUUCUUGUCUGAAUUCCAAUUCCUGUAUAUAUAUUCACAAAUAGGAAUGAGAUGAAGAGUUUCAGCAAUGGAAGGGUAGUAAGAUAAUGCGUUAUUUGUUCUUGGAACAACUGUUGCUUAGAUUUUUCUGAACUGGGUAUUGUAAAAUAAUUCAUUUACCCUCACCAAUACCAUCUGAUUUAUGCUAUUUUUGGACAGUUUUGAUAAGGAAGUGGCUACUAAUCUCCAGAAUUUAAGGUCUAAGAUCUUCUUAUCAUCAGAUGACCUGAACUCCUGUAUAUGACAGGCCAUUACAUUUUAACUUUAUCAUCUCAGUGAACCAAGCAGCUGAUAUCUGAUUAAACAGUAACUAGUGUUCACUCCUAUUUCCAUACUACAUUGCUUUAUGACAUACGUUGGAAAAAAAAUAAUCAUACUUUUAUCAAGAUAAAGAUAUGGGCUGAGUGCUGAGUUCUGCUCCAGAUACUGAGCUCUUGCUUCACUGAAGAAAUCUAAAUAUCAUCUGCAGUUCUGGCGGGGUGGUGUAAUGGAGAAUGGCCUACAGCGUAUUGCAUAACUGCCAAACAGGAGACAUGGGAUCGAUCCUAAACACAAAUAAAUGCAUCAGAAAGAGCCCCGCAUGCUUCCAGAGGUGCCGACCCGCUGUUCUGGAAGUAUUAAAAUAUGUCUUACAGAUUCGGGAUGAGGGAAUACCAGCAAAUGUUUUCUUUAAAGGGAAAAUCAGACUUGUGCUAAAGUCCUCAGCGUAAAGCGUGCUCUCUAAUUUCUGAACCAGUCUGUUUGGCUCACCUGUAACAUGACUGCAUAUGAAGCAACAUAAAAGAAAAUCAUGUGGCUCUUCCCAUAUGAGAGGAUGACUGUAGAGAUGAGUUGGUGCACAAAUUGUGCUGCAAGUCUUAAGAGAACUGCUGACAAAAAGCAGGCGUGUAAUAGCUCUGCUGAGAAAAGAGAAUAAGUCUAAUGAGGCUUUAGAGGUUGUUCCCUCGAGUUAGACUGGACUUUCUCUAAGGACAUCUGUAGGAGAUGAGAGAUGACGGCAAGAAAAUCACGUCAAUUUUUGAUUGGGAACAAAAGUUUAAAAGAAGCUCAGACCUAUGUGUAUUGUUGUACAAGAAGAAAACAGUACCUGUGUGCUCAGCUGGAAAAGAAAUUCUUCUGCAAGAGGCUAAAUGAAAUAUUUGGUAGCCUGAGUCUACAGGCCUUUUGAUUUUUCCUGACAUUGUCCAUGAUUGUCCAUAAUUUACACCAUUAGCAUUAAAAUGGUAUGCUUAUGCAUUCCUUCCAGCUAUUUUCUCCAAAUUCAUGAUAGCAAAACUACAAUUAAAAAUUUUAAAUAAAUAGGACUGAAGGAGUACUAUUAGGGUAAGCAGUCAUCCCAAUCAGUGCAAACAGCUCUUUAGCGGGUUAUCAGCGCAUCUGGAUAUCUGCACAACUACACCAGGGCCAUAUUAGUUAUUAGACCAAGGCAACCAUCACCCCAAACAAGUUUUGUCUGGAGAAGCUGUGCAUAUUCUGUGCCUGGGCUGAUAAAACUCACAGCUAAAAGCUUUGGGCCAAAAUCAUGAAAUCUCCUUUCUGAAGCUGAUAGAACCUGUUUGAUUACAACUACAUCUAAAUGAGAUAUUGAAUUAAUUUUGAUAUAAAGACAUCAUUAUUAUGUGCUUAUUGUGUUGAUCAAGAUUUCUGUGUUAUUUCCUGGUCCAUUUGUUCUUUCCAUCUCUUUCUACAGAGGCCGGAAUCCUCUUUUUACUCUGAAAUAACAGUGUCUGAGUUUAUAUUGCAUCUACCAAAACAGGGUCCUCAUGCAUUCUCAUGCAUGUUCCUCCGAGACAAUCCUCACAAGGAUACAAAUAACAAAUUACAUCUAUUUUUCACCUGAAGCCGAAUCUAUCAGCCAACUCUCUUUGUAUUUCUCCAGCAUUUCUCUUUGCUCCGUAUGAUACAAUCAACUGAAUGAAGUAGCAGGGAAUUACAGGAAGAGAUAGUUCAGUGAUGAAUCAGUCACUGGUCUGACUACAAGAGAAAUCAACACCCUUCCCAUCAAAGAAAUAUGCACAUGAGAGGUACAGAGAACCUCCUGCUGGAGGUACGGAGGCUGACGCCUUCCAUUUUCCAUUCACUUCUGGAUUUCUCCAAGGUCAGAACCGCUGUAUUAAAAAGGACCGGGUUGUGUGGAAGAGCAAUAGUUACCUAAGUAUGUUCAUUAUUUACCAUCAGAAAUGGAAGCCCUUCCGUCCCCAAACUACAUACAUGCAUGCUACAUAAGAGGCAGAAUUUUCAUGUCAUGUAAAAACGCUUUCAAAAACAAACUAAUUGAAACAAGGAUGUUUCUGAGAGGGUGUAAUAACUGCAUGAGCAUAAGCCAUACUGGUAAAAGCUGUAACAUUUUCUAUGAGGGCUGCUAUAACAUAACGCUAAAGGCUGGGGACAACAUAAAUGAAAGAUGAUUUA